AUUCCUUUAGGAUCGAGUGUUAAGCAUGGAAACGAGGACAUCAACGGAAAACCCGAACACACCAUGAGGGAGCUCAGGUCCUCGCCCCAAGCCAGGGGGGAUAAUAAGGACCACCCCAGUAUCAAGGAACUGACCCGGGUUUUUGAACUGGGAGACUCAAGCAGAUCCAUUGGGAAGAAUGUAAAGCAGGAAAUGGCGACGGAGACUGAAGGAGAUCUCAAAGGGAGCAAAGAGAAGCCCAGCGUUUCAUCCCAGUUGAAGACAGACGAACUGGCCCAGAGUCUUAAGGAGCUGAGUGAGAUUUUUGAGUCGAAUGCUUCGGGGGAGGUGAGUGGAAAGGAAGCGAACUGUGAAGAUCCGGUGAAGAACGAAGACAAGCUCCAUCUUGUUUCAGGCCCUGAAGUCAGAGCUGAACAACAGGACCUGAGUGAGCGGAGGCAGAGUUUUGAGCUUAGUGAUGAGGACAGACCCAAUGAAGGGACAGUUGUAGUGGCCACCAAACCUGGAGAAAGCCCAGAGGGACUGAGAGACAAGAGCAUUGAAGAGUCUUUAGAUGACGGAACAAGUUGUGAAGACAGGGGUAGUUUGGAGGAGUCACUGCUGACCACACCAGCACUAUCACCGAGCACGUUACCGAGCUCAGAUAGUCAAGCCACCUCGGUGCUCAGCUCCCCGCACUCGAGUGAAGGUAAAGAUGAAUCAAUGUCAAAUUGUGAUACCAAUUCCCCCAGCGAGCAGACAGACACUAGUGCCUCCUCAGCCAGUCUCGCUGUUCAAGAUCCCAUGGAAAACGGGCAAGAAUGUAUUAAAAGCACAACAAAGGGAAUGGGCGAGUUUGGCGAGACGUCCAUUGAGAUCGGACAGGAGGACGAGGACCGAUUGACCGCCAGCCAGGAUACCUCAGAUGUGGCUGAGGAAGCUCUGGUGAGGGACAUUGGAGUGGCUAUGUCUGCCUCAUCCAGCGAGGAUUACAAUUCUUGUUUAGACAGUGAUAUCUCAGAGGAAAUGUCUACUGUUCUGGAGGACAGUGAUGAGGCUGACAGGGAUCAGCUCCAGUCGCUUGAUGUUUCUCACCGAGAGGAUGAGAAGGGAAUCGCUGCGGAAACACUCCAGAUUGAGAGGAAAGAGACAGAAACUGAUGAGAAUUCAGAGGUUUCCAGAGCAAACCAGGAUGGUGUGAUUGCUGAUGAACCAGCUGAAAAUAAGGAAGAUAUCAAGACGGAGAAUCCAUCACUCAAUAUUGGGGAGCAAGAUACAAAGGAACAAGUGGCUUUGGACCCUGAGGUGGACAAGACAUUCAAUUCUGAGGUGGACAAGAUGAUGGACAUGACUUUGAAUCCGAAGAUGGCCAUUAAGAAUUCCUCUAAUAAGACCACUCUUGCAAAGGAAACGGCGAAAGCAAAAGGCCCCAGUAAAAGUCCGUUGGCCAAACUGUUUGGCUUCAGUGACUCAGGUAACGCCAAGAAGACAACAGCAGAACAACUCAAACCACACAAACCCAACUCACAAUCAGCAUCCAAUCUGGAGAAAACUCAGGAACAAAAGGUUUCACAUCCAGAGAAAUCUCAGGAAAAAAUCAUCUUCGAUCUGGAGAAAGCUCAGGAACAGAAGGUUUCAGAUCCAGAGAAAUCUCAGGAAAAAAUCACCUCUGAUCUAGAGAAGUCUCAGGAAAAAAUCACCUUCAAUCUGGAGAAAGCUCAGGAACAGAAGGUUUCAGAUCCAGAGAAAUCUCAGGAACAAAUCACCUCUGAUCUAGAGAAGUCUCAGGAAAAAAUCACCUUUGAUCUGGAGGAAGCUCAGGAACAAAAGGUUUCAGAUCUAGAGAAAUCUCAAGAAAAAAUCACCUCUGAUCUAGAGAAAUCUCAGGAAGAAAUCACCUUCGAUCUGGAGAAAGCUCAGGAACAGAAGGUUUCAGAUCCAGAGAAAUCUCAGGAAAAAAUCACCUCUGAUCUAGAGAAGUCUCAGGAAAAAAUCACCUUCGAUCUGGAGAAAGCUCAGGAAAAAAAGGUUUCAGAUCCAGAGAAAUCUCAGGAACAAAUCACCUCUGAUCUAGAGAAAUCUCAGGAAAAAAUCACCUCUGAUCUGGAGGAAGCUCAGGAACAAAAGGUUUCAUAUCCAGAGAAAUCUCAAGAAAAAAUCACCUGUGAUCUAGAGAAAUCUCAGGAACAAAUCACCUCUGAUCUAGAGAAAUCUCAGGAAAAAAUCAUCUCCAAAGUGGAGAAAUUUCAGAAACAAGGAGCCUCCGAUUCAAAGAAAACCUCUAAGGAGCCAGAGGUAAAGGAGGAUGGGAGCGAGGACCUCCUGGUCCUGAGCGGAUCACAAACAUCAAGCGAGCAUUCGACAGAGGCUAGCCUCAACACAUCGCUGACCGAACUCCCCAUUGAACCAACCAAAACCACUACGGAGCAGACACAGCCCAACUCUGUCAUGGGCAAAAUGGCUGGAACUAACGCGGUUGAAAGCAGACCCACUGGGGGGAACGUGGCAAGCGAUGUCACCGACCUUUUCGACCCACUCAGUCAAGAUCCCAACCCCGGCACGGAACCCAGCCAGCAACCCAACAGCAGCCCCAACUCUGCUGACCUCUUGGACUUCGAAGACCGUGGUUAAUCUGCAGAGCAAUUCACAGUCCACCAAAAAAUUACUUUGAGCCUUGUAACUGUUUAAGGAAAACCUCAAUGUGUUAUCUAUUUCUCACACCCCACUCCUCGACCUGCGACCCGCUUUGCUUGGCUGGCUCCAACCUCCUGCUUGUCCCUCGUCCCCUCCACUCCACCAUUGCAUUUCAGCCACUACGCCCCCAAAACUCUGGAACUCCCUUCUUUGUGUGUCUUCAGAUCAAAUCUGAAGACCUUCCUCUUUGACCGCACUUACUGGCUCAGCUUCAGGCUCUGCCACUGUUCACUCUCCGAGUCGCUACCCUGCGUGAAGGGCGCUGUGUAAAUGCAAGUUGUUGUUCAUCCUCAACCAAUGUUCAUCCUUAAUCAUUUAGUCACGAGAGUAUCAGUUAGAAGACAGUCCUUCAACCCAUAUGAUCUCAUCCUUUCACAUACUACCGUCCACUCACUACACCAUUGAACAGUUUAUUAAACGACACAGUAGGAGGUGACUGGAAGGUAUCAAUGUAAGACAGUUUGCAAAUUAGCCCACGGGAGAGGUUAGGAGGAUGUUUUUCUAUGGACAAUAAUAAUCCUUGCGUUUGAUAUAGUGGCUUAUCACGUCUUCGAGAUGUCUCAAAGCGCUUCACAGAAUAUACCGUACAGCGAAUUGACUGUGUAUUUUGUGGGCGAAACGCAGCAGCCAAUCGUGCACAGCAGCGUCCCCACAAACAGUCGCGGAUUGAGUGACAUUUUUUUCAAGGGAUUAUUACCCCUGGAAAGCGAUCUGACAAUCAAUUAACAACCGGGUUCCUACUUACUGCUGAGUAAACAGAGGCGCGUGGAGUAAGGAAACGUGCCCAAGGUUUGCGAGUCAAACCCGGGUCCCCUCACUUGCGAAGUGAGCGUGAUAACCACUGCACUACAGGACUAUUCAGCCCAUCAGCCAUCAGCUAGAGUGCUCUAACCAAUAUAUUACUUGGAUUGUAAGCUCAACAAAUGCAGGCUUGAACCUGCCAACACGUUGACGAACCCCCAGCAUUACCUCUGAUCCGGUUUGUCUCCACUAUAAAUGCCAGGCAAUGAAUCGAUGUCUCGUUGGCCAUCUCCACAUGAACGACAAGAGAAUCCCGGACUCUGCUCAUUAAAAAUCCAGUGGAAGACCACCGAGCGAUUCAGUCUCCAUAAUUACAGCUGCGGGAAGGAAACGGGACCGGGAACUGUGCCGUCUCCCCGUGAAAAAAAAGACUCAAUCCCGUCGUGUUAAUAUUGUUGAGCUGAGCUAGACCACUCGGGACAGUUUGUGACAGUGACGCUCAGUAGGAACUGGAGGAGGUCAUUCAGCCCCUUGAGCCUGUUCCGCCAUUCUAUUAGAUCCUGGCUGAUCCGUACCUCAACUCCAAUAGCCCACCUUCGCUCCAUAUCCCUUGACACCCUGACCUAACAAACACCUCUCCACCUAAGCCUCGAACAUUUCAAUUGAACCAACAUCCAAAGCCUUUUGAGGGAGAGUUCCGGAUUUCCACUACACUUUUGCGGGAAGAACGGCUGUUAAAUCAUUAAAUAGUUGACGCUGAUCGAUAA